UAAGGAAUUUGUCAAAUCUAAGCUUUCUAUCAAUGAAAUUUCUGAUAAAGACAAAUCCGAUAAUCCUAAAGACAAACCCAAGGUUUAUAUCAAUGAAAUUUCUAAUAAUCAAUGUGUAGUUAUACAAAUAUUGUUCAAUCUGGAAAAAGGAAAAAUCAUCGAGUAUCCUAAGAAGAUUGGAAACAAAAUCAAAAAAGAUAACGAAGGAAAAGGUUCGCAAACCCCUAAAUUAAUGAUGUUGAGAAGAAGCAAUAAAGAUGAAAAAAAAUAUAAAAUAUAUUCCAUGGAAUAUAACAGCAAUGCCGAUGACCAUUUAGAACUUCUCGAUACACAUAAUAUUUAUAGUGAUGAAACCCCAAAGAUUUAUUACGAUGACAAUCAUUUUCUUGCUGCUGCUAGUCAUUCAUUGAUAUCGGAAUGGAAUUAUUGCUAUAAAGGUUACAAUUACAAACAAAAUUAUUACUUAAAAUAUAAUGAUUAUAUUGUUCUUAAUAAACAAAAUAAGGCGGAAGAAGCUUUGAUGGUGGCUGAUUAUCGUCGAAAUUCAAAGCUAGUAGUCUACUCAUUAGAGCGUAAUAUAACAGUUUCAUCAUUCGAAUUUAAGGAAGAAGUUCAUAUUAAAAAAGUAGAUUUCGUUUAUGUGGACAACGGCACAUUUGGAUACAAAUCCGAUAUUCUUAAAGACAAGCCCAAGGUUUAUAUUGAUGAAAUUUCUAAUAAUCAAUGUGUUGUUAUACAAAGUGAACAUUGCAUAUUGUUCAAUCUAGAAAAAGGAAAAAUCAUCGAGUAUCCUAAGAAGAUUAGAAACAAAAUCAAACAUGAUAAAAGAGAAAAAGACAAAGAAAAAGAUGACGAAAAUGACAACGAAAAUGAAGGAAAAGGUCCACCUUUUGAAAAGGAAAAAGGUAACAAGAAGGACAACAAUAAAGACAAAGGAAAAAUUGAAAAAUACACAAAAGUUAUUUUUCAGAACAAUGACAAGUCAAACUCUAAAUUAGUGAAAUUAAUGAUGUUGAGAAGAAGUCAUAAAGAUGAAAAAAAGUAUAAAAUAUAUUCCAUGGAAUAUAACAGCAAUUCUGGUGAUUUAAAACUUCUUCAUACACAUAAUAUUUAUAGUGAUGAAACCCCAAGAAUUUAUUAUGAUGUCAAUCAUUUUCUUGUUGCCUCUAGUCAUUCAUUGAUAUCGGAAUGGAGUCAUAAUCAUCGUUUUUACGAAAAAAGCUAUAAUUAUGAAAAAAAUUAUUACUUAAAAUCUAAUGAUUAUAUGGUUCUUAAUAAAAAAAAUAAGGCAGAAGAAGCCUUGAUGGGGGCUGCUGAUCUCCGAACUUAA